AAGAUAUCAAAUAUCAAAUAAUCAAACACUAUUGGUUGGUGAACCUAGAGGUUCACCCUAGGGGGUGAACCGAAGAAUUACUCAUAAGAGUGAGUAAAUUUAUUAACCUUUAACACGUAUGGCUUCUCCUAUUAAAUGUGAUAGUGCUUGCACGACCACCCAAAAUGUGUCACGUACAAGCAUAGACAUCAAACUUCAACAACAAAGGAACACAUGACAUAUGCAUAAUUUUCUAAAAUACUAUAACAAAAGAGCACAUGACAUGCAUAUGUAUGUCGAUCUCAAUUUCUUUUCAAUUUCGAUCACUUUUGUAUGUGUUCUAUGGCUUAUACAUUCAGACGUGUUCCGUGCAAGAAAAUAGGAAGCAGUAAUGUUUAUGAAUUGUGCUAAACAAAGAUUGAAUCGGUCCACAAUAUUGGUAGAGAGUUACCACUUACCAUACUUAACAACUUAAAACCUGAACACAAAUACUUUCUAUUCCUUGGCGGGAGACAACACGCCAAACCUAAAAUAUCGAGGAAACACAACAACAUUUAAUAAUGUUUUUUUUGCAGAAAAGAAAAAAUGAUUACCUAAAAUAAAUGAAUAAUGUCUCGCCGACAAAUUUCAUUCAAUAACAUUGACUUUCUCAUUACCCCUUUCGAUUUGAAACUCGUUCACUUUUUCUUCCUAAAGAAACUUCUCUCUUUGUCUUUGUCUCUUUCUCUAUCUCAUAUCUAAUAAAUACAUCAUUUGCAUCUAAACAUCUUCUCAAGCGCAAAAAUGCACGCUAGCUAUAUUCUAUACCUCAUCGUGCUCGUCUCCUUCGCUGCCGGAGAGAGAUUCAAAGAGGCUCCAGAGUUCUUCAACUCACCUGACUGUCUUACCAUCCAAAACGACGAUGGUUUUAUCUGUUCAGACAAAGCCAUUCACGUGGCAAUGACCUUAGACACGGCUUACCUCCGUGGCUCGAUGGCCGUGAUCCUCUCUGUCCUCCAACACUCUUCUUGUCCUCAAAACAUUGUCUUCCACUUCGUCACUUCAAAACAAACCCACCGACUCCAAAACUACGUCGUUUCUUCUUUCCCAUACUUGAAAUUUAAGAUCUACCCUUACGACGUAGCCGCCAUCUCCGGCCUCAUCUCCACCUCCAUCAGAUCAGCGCUCGACUCUCCCCUAAACUACGCAAGAAACUACCUCGCCGACAUCCUCCCCACGUGCCUCUCACGUGUCGUAUACCUAGACUCGGAUCUCAUACUCGUCGACGACAUCUCCAAGCUAUUCACCACUCACAUCCCCACCGACGUCGUUUUAGCCGCGCCCGAGUAUUGCAACGCGAACUUCACCACGUACUUCACGCCGACAUUUUGGUCAAACCCUUCUCUCUCCAUCACACUCUCCCUCAACCGUCGCCAUUCGCCGUGCUACUUCAACACUGGAGUGAUGGUCAUCGAGUUAAAGAAAUGGAGAGAAGGAGACUACACUAGGAAGAUCAUCGAGUGGAUGGAGUUACAGAAACGGAUCAGAAUCUACGAGUUGGGAUCUUUACCGCCGUUUUUACUUGUCUUCGCCGGGAACAUAGCUCCGGUAGAUCACCGUUGGAACCAACACGGUUUAGGAGGAGACAACUUCAGAGGACUGUGCCGGGACUUGCAUCCAGGUCCAGUGAGUUUGUUGCAUUGGAGUGGGAAAGGGAAGCCUUGGGUGAGGUUGGACGGUGGCAGACCUUGUCCGCUCGAUGCGCUCUGGGCUCCUUAUGAUUUGUUAGAGCCACGGUUCGAUCAUCUCAUCGAGAGUUAGAUUAAUUAGAGAGUCUUCUAUCUUUUUUGAAAUACAUAUUUUGACUGGAUGUGAAGAGGAAUACUCAUACUUGAAUACAGUAAUAGGAAGGAUAGUUGGAUAUGUAAUUAGUUUGGUGAUGGUGGUAACUUAUUGCCUGCUUCUAGCAUGAUACUUUCGAUGCCUAUACCGUAAUAGUUAAUUGUGAAUAUAUCUACCGAAUGUACUACGGCAAGCCUAAGGAAUAAGGAUGUAAUAAAAAUAAUAAAUACAUCUCUUUUUGUUUUACUGUUGAA